AUGGCAUCUGCAUGGGCUUCUGGAGGGUGUCGUCUGUUUGUUUUGACUCCACAAUUGCCACGCCAGCUGAGACAAAGAUACCUGGCAGAUGAAGUGCUGAACGUCAGCAAAGCAGCAGAGCCCAACUCUGCCACCCAGGACUUGAUUAAACACUCAGAAUUUGUAACCACCCAGGAGAUCAGUGACUUUGAAACUACCGCAGAUUUAAGAUGGAGGAUGAUGGCGUGGAAAGAGCAAGCUGUCAGCAAGCUGCUUGGAAAGUACUCUGAUGGUGUCCACUCUCUUCAGCCGCUUCCAGGAACUUUGCCACCAGCAGUGUCACUGACAGAGGGCUCUUGUUCUCACGGUGCAGCCAGCCAGAGACCCGAGGACAUUGUUUUGCGGCUUCCUGACGCAAAAGAUCUCCUUCCACCAGGAGUCUGCAAUCUCCUCAACCCGGCCGCUAUCUACGCUAACAACGAGAUCAGCCUGGGAGAUGUUGAGAUAUAUGGCUUUGACUAUGAUUACACAUUAGCACAAUAUUCUAAUUUACUACACUCUAUGAUUUUCAACACUGCCAGAGACAUCCUAGUAGAACAAUUCAAGUAUCCAGAAGGUCUUGGGAAGUAUGACUACAUCCCAGGGUUUGCCAUACGUGGACUUCACUAUGAUGUACAAAAGAGUCUUCUGAUGAAGAUCGAUGCUUUCCAUUAUGUCCAGCUGGGGACGGCAUAUAGAGGGCUCAAACCAGUGCCUGACGAAGAGGUAAUCGAACUCUACGGUGGUACGCAGCACAUCCCCCUGUACCAGAUGAGUGACUUCUAUGGCAAGGGUCCAUCACUUAAGCAGUUUAUGGACAUUUUUUCUCUUCCUGAAAUGACGCUGCUCUCAUCAGUCAUUGAUUACUUCAUAACUCAUGGCAUUGAGUUUGAUCAGGUGCAUCUUUACAAGGAUAUAUCUGAUGCUAUUAGAGAUGUACAUGUGAAAGGAGUGAUGUACAAAUGGAUUGAAAAAGAUAUGGAACAAUACAUUCUGCAUGGGGAUGAAAUCUAUGCUGUGCUAAACCGACUGGUGAACCAUAAGAAGAAACUCUUCCUCAUUACAAACAGUCCCUUUAGUUUUGUGGACAAGGGAAUGAAACACAUGGUUGGCAAGAACUGGCGGGACUUAUUCGACAUGGUCAUUGUGCAAGCUGACAAGCCCAACUUCUUCACUGAUCGGCGGAAACCUUUUCGAAAACUGGAUGAUAAAGGCUCACUGCAGUGGGACAAAAUAAACCAGCUGGAGAAAGGAAAGAUCUACAAAGAGGGUAACCUCUUUGAUUUUCUGAGGCUGACAGGCUGGCGGGGGUCCAAGGUGCUCUACUUCGGUGACCAUCUGUACAGUGACCUUGCGGACCUCAUGCUGCGUCACGGCUGGAGGACUGGAGCCAUCGUUCCUGAACUGGAGACGGAGAUUCGGAUCAUAAACACAGAGCAGUACAUGCACUCCCUGACCUGGCAGCAGGCUCUGACAGGGCUGCUAGAGAGAAUGCAGAUGUAUCAGGAUGCGGAGUCAAAGCAAGUAUUGCUGGAGUGGAUGAAGGAACGUCAGGAGAUCAGGUCGCUGACGAAGAACCUGUUCAACCCCCAGUUUGGAAGCAUCUUCCGCACCUUCCACAACCCCACGUACUUCUCUCGACGGCUGGUGCGGUUCUCCGACAUCUACAUGGCCUCCAUCAGCUGUCUGCUGAACUAUGACGUGAAUUUCACCUUCUACCCCCGGCGCACCCCUCUGCAGCACGAGGCUCCACUCUGGAUGGAUCAGCUCUGCACGGGCUGCAUGAAAACCCCCUUCCUGGAGGAGAUGGUGCACAUCCGCUGAGGGGCCAGGUACUGCCGGCAACAGCACAGCACAAGUCUGUACGCGGGGCCGGGCCACUCGGCCACAGCACCUCUGUCUACCACUAAAGGGCGUCUGACACUU